AGGAAGGGCUUCUAAUGGCCAAUUCGGAGUGCCUGAAUGUUCCCCCAGAAACUUGGGCUUCCCUCCAUCACACAUUAAUUAUCCUCUACUGUCAUGGCUUCUUAAUCUGUUGUCAACAAAAUAAAAUUAAUAUACAAAUUUAAAUUUUGAAAUAUAAUCCACUUUAUGCUCCAAAUAAAAUUAUAUGGCAAAACUGCUUACCAUGUGAUAAUACUUGUCAUAAAUUUUUUAUGCAGAUGUGCUAAUGACUUCCAGUAGUUUUGUACACCAUGGAGUUAAUAAUCCCUGACAAGUUUCUGUAAGGCUGUUGGUUGUGAAAGCCGCUAAUUCCACUCGACAAUGGGACAGAACCUAGCCUUAGAGCGAACCUUGGACAGCCAGGAAAGUCUCAAUCAGAGCCAAGGUGUAUGGGGAGAUCUGGUGAGAGGACACCUGCAUACCUGUUGAAGUAGCUCCUCCCUCUUGGAUACAUGCCCAGGAGUCUGUGAUGUUGCAGAAGACACUGGAGGCCCAGCCAUCAAUACCUGACGCUCUACCUACCACCCUCCCAGCCCACAAGCCAGCAGAAGGCCAGAUUAUUAUUUAAACUGAAUCUAUGUUGGGAUGCUUUUUUUUUUCUUUUCUGUUCUGUUCUUCUCCCCUUUGUUCCUUCGUCUUUCCUCCCUUCCUUCCUUGCUGCCUGCCUGCCUUCUUUCCUACCUAAACCAAACUGAGACAAUUCCAGUUUUGAAAGACAAUUUCUUAUACAAGAGGACUUCAAUUAGGCACUUCUAAGUGUUGCCUGUGCUGAGUAAUAAGAUAGCUGAGCCACCACAAUUUCUAAAACACCAGAGAUUCUGUCUUUUCAUUGACACUAAAACCGAGACUUUGUUUCUGCUAAACUACUUAGCUCGUCCAGCGGGGCUCUGCUGUGGGACUUUGAAUCUGCCUUCCUGAGCCUACAGUGACUAUCAGGAAAGAAAGAGAGUCCGGGUUGGAAGGCAAGUGGGAGGUGGAUUGACACAAACUGCCAGCUGACAAUCAUCAGGAAGGGAUGGGGACAAUGGUCUGGACCACAGCUACUUCCUGAGGGCAGCCUGUCUUCGUGGGUCACCUCCAGUUUCCUGUAACGCCCUUCUUACUUUCAGACCCAAAGUCUGAUGGUUCCUACAGAUUCAUGGCUCCCUGGAUAGGUAAGUACAUUGAACUAGGAAUAUAGUUCGCCUCCUGCUUAGGUUUGCCAACAUCUAUCCAUCUGGCCCAGAUUAAAUAAGAGGUGACUGGUACCACAGUCUCUCCACUCAACUCUGAAUUGAGCCCCCUUUCUCUUCUUCUGAUAAAAACCUCACACCUUCCUUAUGGUAGGGGAGCCCUCUUGCAGGUCAGCUUCUCCCCCAUCACUUCUGAGUCCUCGCCAAUGAUCUCAGCCUAACUUUUCAUGAAGUCAGCCUAUUAACCAUUCCUUCCUCUGUUUCGACCUCAAACUUAAGCUGUCGUAAUCACUUCCUGUAUACUACCCUUGAGGAAGUCCCCUUCCUGACAUGCACUGGCCUUUCCUGCCUUGCCCAGGAUGACCUUCUUCCGACACCCUGGGUUCCUCCCCAGGUGUCCCCAGAAAACUCUUGGGGGGUUCCUUCCACACACAUACACCCCUUGUGGUCCAGGGUAUGGUUUGCUCAUGUUGAAUGGGCAGGCGUGGUUCCAGCACAGGUGGAUGCUGACUGCAGCCUUCCACUAUGACAUCUUGAAGCCCUACAUGGGACUCAUGGCCGAUUCUGUCCCAGUGAUGCUGGACAAAUGGGAGGAGCUCCUCAGCCAGAACUCACCUCUGGAGAUCUUUGGACACAUCUCCUCGAUGACGUUGGACACCAUUAUGAAGUGUGCCUUCAGCUACCAGGACAACCACCAGGCAGACAGGUACUUCCAAUCCUACCUUCAGGCCAUUCGGGACCUGAACAACCUGGUGCUUUCCCGGAUAAGGAAUGCUUUCUACCAGAAAGACUUCAUCUACAGGCUGACCCCUGAGGGCCGCCGGAACCACCGGGCCUGCCAGCUUGCCCAUCAACACACAGACCAAGUGAUCAAGCUGAGGAAGGCUCAGCUGCAGGAGGAGGGAGAGCUCGAGAAGGUCAGGAGCAAGAGGCACUUGGACUUUCUGGACAUCCUCCUCUUUGCCCAAAGGGAGAACGGGAACAGCUUGUCUGACAAGGACCUCCAUGCGGAAGUGGACACCUUCAUGUUUGAGGGCCAUGACACCACAGCCAGCGGCAUCUCCUGGAUCCUCUAUGCUCUGGCCACACACCCCGAGCAUCAGCAGAGGUGCCGGGAGGAGAUCCAGAGCCUCCUGGGGGACAGCGCCUCCAUCACCUGGGACCACCUGGACCAGAUGCCCUACACCACCAUGUGCAUCAAGGAGGCACUGCGACUCUAUCCGCCAGUUCCAGGUGUCGGCAGAGAGCUCAGCAAGCCCAUCACCUUCCCUGAUGGACGCUCCUUACCCAAAGGAUUCUCAGUCUUGCUCUCCUUUUAUGCCCUUCACCACAACCCCAAAGUGUGGCCAAACCCAGAGGUGUUUGACCCUUCCCGGUUUGCACCAGAUUCCUCUCGACACAGCCAUGCUUUCCUGCCCUUCUCAGGAGGAGCAAGGAACUGCAUCGGGAAGCAGUUUGCCAUGAACGAGCUGAAGGUGGCGGUGGCCCUGACCCUGCUCCGCUUUGAGCUGGCACCAGAUCCUCUCAAGGUCCCUGUUCCCACUCCAAGAAUUGUGUUGAUGUCCAAGAAUGGGAUCCACCUGCAUCUCAGGAAGCUCCUCUAACACUUGUGGGGACAAGGAUCCUGCCUGCCAUCCUGUCUUCCUGUCGGUCUCUCCUGUCUGCUGUCUUCCGCCCACUUCCUGCUUUCACUCUGCCUACCUGCCAGCCUCCCUGAUCUCUUCCUCUUGUGCAUCAGACUGUCUGCCCUUCUCUGUCUCCCCCUUUCCCAAGAUUCCUACUUGUUUGCCUGUUACCUUUCUCCUACCCAGCUUUAGCUCUGACUGCCCACUAAAUCAAUACCUGCCUCUUUCCCAGCCUGCCUGUCCUCUGCAUGUCUUUCUCCUUUUGUGCCUAUUUGAUUGUCCCUAUAUUAUUUUCCUCUGGCUGCUAUAAUAACUGACCACAGCCUUAGUGACUUAGAACAACACCAAUUCGUUCUCUCACAGUUCUGGCGUUCAAAGUCUAAAAUAGAUUUUGCUGGACCACAGCCAAGAUAUUGGUAUCUUGAGAUAUCCCUCUCUCUGCCUUUUCCAGCAUCAAGUGCAUUCUUUGUGAUCUUUAGCUCCUGGAGCCUGCUCUUUUCAAAUCCAACAGCAUCUUUCAAUAUCCUUUUGCUUCUGUCUUCAUAUCACCUUGUCUUCCAUAAGGACUUUUGUGAUUAGACAGAUGCACUCAGAUAACACAGACAUAUCUCAACUUCCAGGACAUGGACUUCUUGGGGAGCCAUGAUUCAGCCUGCUUAGUCCCUAUGUGACUGCUAUUAGUCCAUGCUUCCAGCUCUCUCCUGUGUGUUACCUACAUCCCUAUUUGUCAUUCACAUACCCUCCUCUUCUUUCCUCCUCCCUCAAAUAAAUUUCUUAAU